AGAACUUCAGAACUUCAGAACUCUCUCUCUCUCUAUAGUCUCAUAAUCUCUCACUCUUUCACUUUUAGCCAAAACAAUAACAUUUUCUAAAGAGAAAUGGGUUCCAAAACUGUCCAAGUUUUCUUGAUAAUGGCUCUUUUUGCCACAGCUGCACUUGCUCAAGCCCCAGCUCCUACUCCCACAGCCACUUCUCCUCCCGUAGCUACUCCUCCUCCAGUGGCCACCCCACCACCUGCCGCAACUCCAGCUCCAACCACCACUCCACCACCUGCCGCGACUCCAGCCCCCGCCACUACUCCACCAUCAGCUGCUCCUUCUCCAUCUGAUGUUCCUAGCGCCUCUCCACCAGCAUCAGAAGGUCCCGCCUUGAGCCCAAACGGACCUGCUCCAGGACCUUCAGAUGAUGCGCCUGCUCCUAGUGCCGCUUUCUCCAACAAGGCUUUCAGCGUUGGAACCGUCUUCGCUGCUGUUUUGUACACUGCCGUUUUAGCUUAAUUGAUAUCUUUUUUAUCUUCUACAUCUGUUUCAAAAUUUUCUUUAUUUCUUCCUCAGUUAUUUAUAAUCUUUGGUGUUAUGUGAAAAUUUCAUUUAUUUUGUAUUUCCCUAUUUGAUCAUUUAAAUUAUUUUUUCAUCAUACUAAACGCGUAUCGUCGUCGGAUCGCGGUAAAUGAUUCAUAGUGAGAACUAAUGGAACGUUUGCACGUGUAAUUUACAAUAUGCAAAUCCAAAUCGUAGAUUAAUAAAAG